CUAGUUGGUGCUAACAGAAGCUAGUUGGAGCUAACAUGAGCUAGCUGGACAACAUGGCGACGGAGGAGAAGAAACCGGAGACGGAACUCAUGAAGCAGCCUUCGUCCAGCAGCAAGGGGAAGUGUCUGAAGACUCUGAAGGGUCACAGUAACUACGUCUUCUGCUGUAACUUCAACCCUCAGUCCAACCUGGUGGUGUCUGGAUCGUUUGAUGAGAGCGUUCGUAUUUGGGAUGUGAAGACAGGAAAAUGUCUGAAGACUCUGCCGGCUCACUCUGACCCCGUCUCUGCUGUUCACUUCAACAGAGACGGCUCGCUCAUCGUCUCCAGCAGCUACGACGGCCUCUGUCGUAUCUGGGACACAGCAUCAGGACAGUGUCUGAAGACUCUGAUUGAUGAUGACAAUCCUCCCGUGUCUUUUGUAAAGUUUUCUCCAAACGGGAAGUACAUCCUGGCUGCUACGCUGGACAACACAUUAAAGCUGUGGGACUACAGCAAGGGAAAGUGUUUGAAGACGUACUCCGGCCAUAAGAAUGAGAAAUACUGCAUCUUCGCUAACUUUUCUGUCACAGGAGGGAAGUGGAUUGUGUCCGGCUCUGAGGACAGCAUGGUUUACAUCUGGAACCUUCAGACCAAAGAGAUUGUUCAGAAACUCCAAGGGGACACAGACGUGGUGAUCUCGACCGCCUGUCAUCCAACAGAGAAUAUCAUCGCUUCAGCCGCUCUGGAAAACGACAAAACUAUCAAACUGUGGAAGAGUGACUGUUAGACCGGAGGAGACCCUGACCCUGGUCCAGACCCUGACCCGGGUCCAGACCCCGACCCUGGUCCAGACCCUGACCCGGGUCCUGAACUGUCCUGACCUGGACCACCGUGUCCCGGCUGCAGACCAAACCCCUCCAGUCUGUCCAGGAGGUAAAAAGACGAGAGGACAGAUGUUUGUGUCCUGGUUAAAGACGACUUAAAGGACGGUCCAGAGUUCUCUGAACCAGAACUUAGUCCAUCAUGUGAACUUUGUUUGGUCGUGACUCACCUGAAGACAGGAAGAGGCUUUUAUUUUUUCAUUUCCUCCUUUGAUGCUGCUGUUUGAUACUAAUGCCACUUCCUCCCUUUCACAUUAAAAGACCUCCAGCAGUUCAGGAGACAAAUACUGAGUUCAUACUUUAUUACACUAUAAUAAUCAUUUGUAUUAUUAUUAUAGUGAGUCCUUGAAUGCACCACACACAUGUUCCUGUCAGGUUCCUUUGAGAAUGUUUUGACAUCGUCUCGGUUGGAAAACACUAAACUUACCUUUAAUUCAUGUUAUUGAAAAACAUAUAGUUCAGAAGCUCUUUAUGAAGUUGCUAAGCAACCGUUCUGAGUGACAGUUUUAUGGUUAAAGGUGUUAAAUGUUGUUGGGAUGAAGCCGUUCACUGACUCCACAGGAGCUCUUCCUCAUCGUCAUCAUCAUCAUCUUCAAUCAGCUGACUGAGAAAAUAAAUGAUCAAUAAGGUUUGAAGGAUUUCUG